CCACCUCAAACCUGUGCUGCCCUGACAGUCCUAAGCGCGCCCUGCAAACUGAGAUCAGGAACCUGGGGUGGUGAAUUUUCUUUCACUAUUUCCGUGGGGAUGGCACAGCUGGAGCUGCGGGCGCUACCGGCCUGGGCGGGUCCCCGGAACCGGCACGACGCUGCGAGCUGCUGUUCCGCCCCUGGCCACCCUCGUGUCCAUCAGAGCGCGCUGCGCGUGGCAGGGUUUACGGGUCGCUGUCCUUCGGCCGCCCCGUUCCUGCCAUGCAUUGGGCAGCUGCGCCAGGAACGAGCUGUCCUGAGCCAGGCAAGUGUAAAUUCCUUUGGGUCUUCCGAUGUCUCCGAUCUAGUGCUGUGCUGUCACCAAGCCAACUGAUUCUGAUUUUAAGCUGACAGGUGCGGUGGCCAUGGGGCUAGGAGGGGUGCCAAACAAAACCCAAUUAUCUGUAAAACAGAACCAUGCCGGGUCUUGGAGUUUCUGCAGCAGUACCUCCUUCCCUACAUGAGAGCUGCCUCAGCUUGUGCGAGUGUGCGGAUAUCCAGCUGUUCCUGAGGAUGAGGCAUUGCAGAAAGCAGAGCUUGUGUCAGUGCUUCUUUAAACCCUUCUAAUAUAAAAAUACAUUAAAGCAGAAGCAUUUGAGGAAAUAACGUACAAAAAUAGGGGUACCCAUUGCAAGCAUAUGUAUAAGCUGUCUUUCUUUAAAGAUCCACAUUAAUGGACAUUUUGUGGAACCACUCUGAGGGCAGUGUCCAGAAAGCUUUGUUAACCCCUUGUCUUCCACUGGUUGGGCAGCGUCUGACCCCAGUGCUCGAGGGCUGUGUGGAGAUUCCUCCCUGGAGUGGGGUCACUCCUUGAAGAUGAGCCACAAAGAUUUGAUCAUUGGACCAGACUGAAUUGUUUGCGACACCUACUGGGCUGGGGAAGGGCUAUAAAAUGGCCUGCAACCUUUGUCUGAGGCAGAAGAUAGUCCAGGAACAGCUCCCUCUUCCAGUGUUCCUCACUCAGCACAAGUGACAACCUGAGCAUCAUGCAACUGGUGGCCAGCCUGGUGUCCCUGCUGCUGCUGGUGUGGAGCAUGAGAGCCACGGCACUGCCCGGGGAAGAGAGACUGCAGAGCACCAGGGAACGGAGUACAGUCCGCAAGGGUGUCAUCCUGAAGAUGCUGGCAGGCCUGCUGGACAGUGUGGAUGCAGGGAGCGAGGCAGCCUUCUCAGAUGUGGAGGAGAAGGGCAAGCUGGAGGAGGACCGGGCAGUGCUGGGGCAGCUUGCCCAGCUCUCACAGCGAGACCGCAAGGUGCCCUGCAAGAACUUCUUCUGGAAAACCUUCACCUCCUGCUAGUGCCACCCAGCCUGGCCUUGCCAGCCUGCAAACACCUUCCCCACAACUCAUCUUCCUUGUCCACCCAGUUCCUUCUCUGUGCCCUGCACCCCUCAGAAUAAAGCAUAGC